UGGUAGCUUUAAUCAAGUCGACGGCGUAGCGUAACGUGUAAUAGAUUUACCACUAUGCACACUUUCUUAAUUAACAUUUAAACAGCAUUAAUGUAAUGCGCUUGCUAUUAACCGCAUCUUAAUCUCUGUGGUGUACAAUAUGUAUAUAUCUUACUCGUACGAUCUCCGCGGUUUUAUUUUAAUAAAUUUUGCCAUAUUGAGUCUUUCUUUAUGGCCGCCGGUGGCUGCUUUUCCAGUCAACAUAACAGAUACAACCGAUCCCCUUCUGGAGCGGUACUGUAAUCAAGAGCCACUGAUUAUCGAGAAUGACAGAUACGGUGGCAGCUUCAUGUUAUUCAACUAUCCCGAGCAAUCCUGUUCGGUGGUAGUAACGAUUGUUGCGCCCCCUGCCAUCAAUGGGACCUGUAGUGUAUAUAUUAACAUCGUGGAAUCCACGAUGCCGGAAGAUGACGAAAUGAAAGUGUACCAGCACGUAGCGAACGGCAGCGGAUCGCUGUUGAAAGUCAUCCGCCACGAUGUGGAUAAUUCGGCCACCAGUGUGGGGCAGUUUCGGACGGCGAAUUUCCACCGCAAUGUCACACUGAUGCUGAACUUGACCCGCCAUGCAAAACCCGUCGACAAGAGCCAUCAGAUCAAAUUCCAAUAUACGCUCGUGAUUGACGAACCAACCGGCAACGAUACUACCGCGUGGACACGCUGUCGUGCGCUGAAAGGCUAUGUAUCACGCCAGCUGGCCUGUGAAGGACAGUGGAAAGAUCGUUUUACCUGUCCUACUGAGUUAAAGGCCGCUACCAACGGGAAUAAUCCAGCCAAGUACCAUGACGAAAGAGCAUGUACCGACGUCUCCAGUACUGAGCCGCAUCGUGAUGAUUUCAACGACAAUCAGACGUGGCUCAGUGCAUGGAAUGUGCGCAACCGCGUCAAAAAAGGGAAAGGCUAUACAGAGUAUACUGGACAACAGAAUGUGUGGGUCUCCGAAGGAUCCCUGCACAUGCAGGCCCGUACCAAAGUGGACAGCGCCUCCCAUACGACCUACGACGUUAGCCAUCUUAGUUCCGGCACGCAUUACAAUUUCACCUACGGUGAGGUCGAAUUCCGAGCGAAAUUACCGGACGACCCUAAAAUGUCGGUGGUUACAAUGUUGCGUUUAAUCGAUGCCGAGUGCCUUUUCGACAAGUCCCCGGCUUGUCCGCCGAGCGAACCAUGUCCGUGUCGUGAUCAAGCCAUCUCGGUGGCGGAUUUGCGGAAUGUGGAGCCUAAUCGUGUGGAUGUGGGCGUGAAUUACGGCGUGGAUAAGGAAAAAGCCUGGAUCCAUACCGGUCAAAGCAGUUUGCUGGAUGGACAGUUUCAUACGUUUAAAGUCCGGUGGAGCCGGGACAGUAUGUACUGGUAUGUGGACGAUGUGGAGAUCCGCCGACUGACCGAGGUUGUGAUGAUUCCGUCGGCGCCCAUGCAGAUCUUAAUUGAGCUGGUGAUUUUCCCGCAAGCGCAACCGGUGGAUGCCGAAGCGGAACUGCUGGUGGAUUAUAUCGCGGUGCGCAAGCUGAAUGCGCCAAAUUCAACAACGCCGAUUAUUGGAGUGGGUGCCUCGACGAGUUCCUCGGAGGAUGUGCAGUGGAAAAUGUGGGUGGCGUUGGCCGCGGUCGUCGCGCUGGUGUUUACGUUAUUCGGCGUGUGGUACUGGCGGCGUCGCUAUCCGCCGGUGAAUCCUAUGCGGCCGGCAUAUUCUCCCGAUGCGUUUUUUGAGGUCAUCCGCGAGGUGGACGAUGAAGUAGACGAUGCCCGAAAGAAGCACAUUAAAGAACUAUACAUUGCCUGGAAAAUACCACCACUUGCGGCUGGACUGAAAAUUCCCCGAACAUCACUCAAAUUUGAAAAAAAACUGGAUGAGGGUGAGUUUGGUGAAGUAUGGAAAGGGUUAGCGUACGAUUUAUCGGAAUGGCCAUCACCGUCGGUCGUGGCGGUCAAAUGCGUCAAGAACUCCGCUGAUGAUUAUCAGCAUAAACUGCUGAUGGAUGAGGUCACGGUGCACAGUAAAGCUGGACGGCAUCUAAAUAUCGUUAACCUUCUUGGCAUCACGUUAAGCGGUCAACUCCACAUAAUCCUGGAAUUUUCGCCACAUGGUAGCUUGCUGAAGUAUCUUCGCCUGCAUGGGAAAUUAUUCGAAGGGAAAACCGACGAAACUAAUUAUCUGAACGAGGGCAUGGUCAACUUUUCGAUUGCCGGUCGGGAACCGAAUGUCCCUCAGGAAUGGCCGCUCAAGACGGAAGAUCUGAUUAAUUUCACGUACCAGAUCAGCCGUGGCAUGGAGUACUUGGCGCUGCACAACAUCAUUCACCGCGAUCUGGCCGCAAGGAAUAUUCUAGUGUGCGAUAAUAAAGUGCUGAAGAUCUGUGAUUUCGGACUGGCCAAACAGAAAGCGGAUUACUACCGAAUGGCUGAAUCACAGAAUGCUAAAGUGCCCGCCCGCUGGAUGGCACCGGAAAGCUUAGAACAACGUAUGUUUUCGGAGAGAUCCGACGUGUGGUCCUUUGGUAUUGUCAUGUGGGAGAUCUUUUCUUACGGGGAGAUCCCGUACCAUGACACAAUCAAAAACCUGUCGUAUGAGGACAUUACAGCCGCUCUACGAAAAGGGCUGAGGUUGAAAAUUCCCUCCAAGUGCCCGGAAGAAAUGUUUGAAAUUAUGAGCGGGUGCUGGGAGUAUGAAGCGGAAAAGCGACCGAGCUUUAGCGCCCUCAGCCAAAAGGUGGAGCCGCAUGUGGGCAAAGAUGCACAGUGCGAGUACAUGGAUUUGAACAAGCAAUAUGUAGUGUUCAAUAUGAAGCACGCUGAAGAUUAUAUCGCAGUGGAUAGCAGCGAUUCGCAAUAAUUUGGUUCAGUACUGCUAUGCGCUUUUCAGAUUCAUGGUCCUAUGGUUUUUUUUUCUAUACUCUUAUCCUGUUUUGUACCUUUUCGCUUAUAAAACUGAUUCACGCAAAAAAUUUGUUUUUAUAAAUUACUGUCAAAUUAAGGCA